GCGUCACUGGACGCUCUGUUCCGUUGAGCCAGGCGGCAGGAGGGGCUCGUCUCCUCCAGGUUCGCCGCUGCGGAGGCCAUGGAUGACCGCCGGCGCUUGGAUUGUGAUGGGAGAACAAACCUUAGUGUGGCUACCUCAGAUCAAACUUUAGGUAGUUCGGAAUCAGAGAGGGCAGCUUAUGCAUUUCUUCCUCAAACUCCAAUCAAGUCAACCGAUGAACACCUUGUUGAGUUCUCGGAGGCUAUGAGAGCUGUUGCGAAAACAUUGCGACAAGUUGCGGAAGGGAAAGCUGCUGCUCAAGCAGAGGCAGCUGAGUGGAAGCGCAAGUAUGAAUUAGAGAAGGCAGUCAAGGCACACAAACAUCAUAGUGUAACCAAAGGCUGCAGUAACUGUGACAAGGACAAGUUAGAGCAGUUGGCCAGUCGACUGACAUUGGAGACUCCAUCGGUUGAUCCAACAAGUUGCUGCGGAAAUCAUGAGAUCUGUUCACGUCAAAUUCUCCAGGACGAAUGCCCUGGAACUAGUAAAAAUUUGCAUGACAAGAUUGUUGGAAGAAAGGCUCCAUUUAAACUUUCAUGGGGAUGCAAUGGGGAUAAUAAUGGCCAGCACAAGCAUGAUUUUGUAUCCUUUGAAAAGGGAGAUAUAACAACAGCUGAACGCAGCAAUAAGCAGAUUUUGCUAAAAUGGGAAUCCCCUCCGCAAACAGUUCUUUUCGUGACUAAACCUAAUUCCAACUCCGUGCACAUUCUCUGUGCUGAAAUGGUUAGAUGGCUUAAAGAGCACAACAAUAUAAACAUCUUUGUAGAGCCACGAGUUAGCAGGGAACUAGUGACUGAAGAUUCUUACUUCAACUUUAUUGAAACAUGGGAUGAUGAUGAGGAAAUGAAGACAUUGCACACGAAGGUUGAUCUCAUUGUAACCCUUGGAGGUGAUGGAACAGUUUUAUGGGCAGCAUCACUGUUCAAAGGACCUGUUCCCCCUGUUGUUGCGUUCUCUCUUGGAUCAUUGGGCUUCAUGACCCCCUUUUCUAGUGAGCUGUAUCGUGAGUGUUUGGACCAUGUGCUGAAAAGGCCAUUUGGCAUCACACUAAGGAGUCGUCUGCAGUGUCAUGUAAUAUGUGAUUCAGCUAAAAAUGAAGUUGAGACGGAGGAGCCAAUUCUAGUGCUAAAUGAGGUUACAAUUGACCGUGGAAUGUCAUCUUACCUUACCUACCUAGAAUGCUAUUGUGACAGCUCUUUUGUCACACGCGUUCAAGGAGAUGGGUUAAUAAUAUCAACAACAUCUGGAAGCACAGCUUAUUCAUUAGCAGCUGGGGGGUCAAUGGUUCAUCCCCAGGUCCCAGGGAUCCUUUUCACGCCAAUAUGCCCGCAUUCGUUAUCAUUCAGGCCUUUGAUACUGCCCGAGUAUGUAACGUUGCGAGUGCAAGUGCCAAUCAAUAGCAGAGGGCAGGCAUGGGCAUCCUUCGACGGCAAGGGCAGGAAGCAGCUAGGACCAGGUGAUGCUCUCAUCUGCAGCAUCUCUCCAUGGCCUGUGCCUACUGCCUGCCUGGUGGACUCGACAACUGACUUCCUGCGAAGCAUCCAUGAGGGUCUCCACUGGAACCUGAGGAAGAGCCAGUCGUUUGAUGGCCCUGCUGCAUGAAUGAUCGAUGAAAUAUCUGUCCGACAAUCUGGUCUGGAAUUUUCCAUGCGACUGUUGAAUUUGCAGAUGUGGUAUUUCAAAGCAUCUCAUCAACAGACUAGGAUAAAGAAACCCUGAUCAGAUCUAUGUACCUACGUCAGAUAAACUUGAUAUUCUAAUAGAUCAUCUCCUUUCCCAUUCUCUGUACACACAAAAUGCAUUGGUUUUAGUACAUUUGGGUUUAUAGGCUUGUGCACAGUCCAAAUGCAUGUCCACCAUAUUCAUGUAAAGUGGUUUUUUCUGUGAGUAGUCUUUGUAUAAGAAACAACCGAUGCUCUGAUCCAAACCCUGAGCAGAAUUCUUCCGUGCUGUUUUAUUCGUAAAAUAUAUAUGAAUAAAUGCCAACUUAUUUGGUCCA